AUGGCGCCCGAAGCUAUUCCCCUUCGAACCCUCACUACCCUCCUUAACUACGAACGUCUAGUCAGUGAUCCCCGCUACAAACAGACCAGUCUCCACAGCAGCACCAUCUCAGACCAAACCAUGCUUCCUCAAAGCGACCCGCAAGCAUUCAAAAAAAUCAACGUUCACACUUUCCACCACGAUGCUUCUACUCCCGAUUCUACUCAAGAUCAAGCUCUAGAAACUUCCACCACUCAAGCGAUAAGUACCAUCCAUCCUUCAUGCGAUAUAGCAACCCGUUCACUUUCCCCCACUCAACUCGAAAACAUCUUCUACGAAUCUCGAAGCCAUGACGCUUGUCACAAAGCUCUAAUCCUCUUUAAAAAAAAAUUCGCCUUCUGUUCCUCAGACCAACAACUAUCCAUCCAGAUCAAAAACGAAGACGCAGUUCUCAUUGACCCUUUCCCACUCUCCAUCAUAGAGUACAAAUUGACCGGUCUCAAACUCAUGAGUGUCCAAUCUUUAAAGUUGGGGAAUGGCGGCGCGACAUAUAUUACGGGAGGAGAAAACGAGGGAUUCCAUUCUAUCCUCGGGUUUCCUAAACCAGGAACGAGUGUAGGUCAGAUAGUAAACUUGGAUGACUUUUUCGUGGUAGAUAUGACGCGUAUGCAAUGGGGCAAGCGAGGAAUAUUCGACGAGCCUUAUUUUCUCGGCAAGGGAAGAGAUUGGCAGGAUGCUAUGGAUACUAUCUGUGAUGAUAUGAAGGAAUUGGGAAUUGGAGCAUCAUGGAUAUUGGAGAAUCAGCAUACAGAAUUGAUGAGAAAGUGCCAAAAAGGGCAUGGGAUCACUGGAACGAUCGAGAAAACGCAGGCUGGUGUGAUUACUGUGGUGUGGGAGGAAAGUUGA